AUGUGGUCGCUAGGAUCUGGAAUCCGUCCAUUUUCAGACAUUGCUCACGACGAAAAACUUGCAAAUGAAAUAAUCGUAGAUGGGAAAAGGCCAAAAAUAUGUGAAAACAAUUUUCCAAAAGUUUUUAUUGACCUUAUGAGAAGAUGUUGGGAAAACGACACUAAAAGACGGCCAACCGCAAAGGAAUUAUUUGAAAUUACUGGGAGGUGGGUAUCCGAUACUUGUGAUAAUCCGAGUCCCAAUGAAACUAGUCGUCAAUUUGAUGAUGCCGAGGAUAAAAAAUUCAUGGAACUCGAAAAAACCCCUUUCUCCCAACCAAAGAUUCAUCCUUUAGCAAUUUAUACGAGCAGACUACUGGAUUUUCCUGGAAUUCGUUCUACUUGA